UUACAUGACACCAGAGUGCUUUUCCAAACACAUGCACUUUUUUGCGCAACACAGAGAUGAGAUAAAAAUGGUAGUACUGGACGAGGCACACAAAAUAUUUGACAGGAACUCAGGGUUUCGACAAUCUUACGAAUCGCUCAAAGAAAUUCAUGCUAAGUUUCCUGCAACACCAGUUGCAGCUUUGACCGCUACCAUUGACCGUGUGUCCUUAGAUAAACUAUGCACAGAAUACUUGCGAGAUCCCGUACUUGUUAAAGGAACUGUCGAUCGCCCAAACGUUAAACUGUCGCUCGGGAAGUACAAAGUUGUCGCAGACCGAGGAAAAAGAGGCGAAAGUUCUGAAAGUGGUUCCAAACAAAAGGGUCAGCCUUGGAAAGAUGUUGCACAGGAGAUAUACUCGUUGGUUGGAGAAAACUACGCGAUCGUUUACGUUGAUUUCAAAAACGACGUAGAAAAGAUGGUGGAAUCUUUAAAGGCGUGUGGUGUGGAAGAAGCUAAAGGAUAUCAUGGCAGAGACAUGACAGUGUCGGCAAAGGUCGAGAUCGAAAGGGCCUUCAGGAACAAAGAAAUUCAAGUUUUAGUUGCAACUGAGUCAUUCGAACUCGGUACACAUUCUCCACAUGUCAAUAUUGUAAUAAGGGUUGGUUGUGCACGUAACAUGAGGGCCGUUGGGCAAGAGCUUGGUAGGGCGGCUAGAGAGGAAAAUAAUGGCCACUUUGUUCUGCUUUUUAACGAAAACAAAGACGAUCAACGGUUUGGUUACUGGACAAGAGGAUGUUCAGACCAAGAGAAGGAAAAACAAGAACAGGACUUCCUGUCAGUGUGGAGGUACGUGUAUCAAAUUUAUAUCGGUCAAUGCCUUCGAAAACAAUUCGUCAAAGCAUUUGGGGAUAAUCCAGAGGAGUUAAGCGUUCUGUCAGGCGAUGAAUGUUGUGACAGUUGCCAAGAAGAACAAUUAAAUCAACCGAAGAUGAACGGCAAGGAAACAGCUACGACGGUUAUAAAUGCAAUUCAGGAAUUAUGUGGCUUAUCUAGAUUCAGCGACGGAGUAAACGAAGGGAAACUUGUCUCGUUUAUUCGAGGUUCUAAUCAGGACUGGUUAAAGGAAGGAGACGUGCAACCUAUCAUUGAAGGGUCUGCCACGUAUGGAUCAGGCAUGGGACAUGAUACCACCUGGUGGAGCAGGGCGCUAAGGCAAUGUGUUGCUCUAGGUUUUGUAGACAUAGCAUACAAAGUCUCUUUGUUCAACAAUUUUUAUAAAACGUCAAGGCGCUAUGUUGCAUCCGUGAAAGGCAAAUGCUUCGUGCAAAAACCGUACGACAUCUCCGUUCUUGAUCCAUCGGUAGAUCCUUUCAACCCAAAUAAGAAAUCAAACAGCAGAAACAAUGUCAAGUCCACCACUAGCAGAGGAGUUCAUUUCCUACCAAAAGUUAGGAAACUCUUAAAAGAUAAAAGCAGCUGGGUGGACAUCAAGAAAAGAGAAGAUUACGAGUUUCCAGGCUUUUCUGAAAAUAAUGGAAAGUUGAUGUUCACCCAAGAUUUUAAAACACUCCCGUAUGCAGCCAAAAACAGGGUUCACUUUAUUUCUGAGGAUAACCAGCUAACAACGCGUGGCUCGCAAAAGCAAAAAGUGCUAACUGAGGUCGAUGGAGUGGAAACAGAAGUCUUUGUAAAGAGAGGACCUUGUGAAGGGGUAAAAGUAUGCAGCGCUGACAAAUGUGGUUACACGGUGGCAAAUACGCAGUUAAGGAACAAAUGCAAGGAGCAUGGUUCCUCCAAACCAUUAACAAGAACCGGAAAAUGUCCUAUUCACUUUGUUUAUAUUUGGCCCACUAUUAGUACGGAUGAUCGCAGAUGGAUCGGAGUUUUUUCAGCCGAAGGAGAGGUGAAGCAUAAUCAUUCAAGACCUGCCGAACACAAGAUCUCGAGCAAAGUGGUUGAAGACAUUCAACAAACAGUUCAUCAGGACAUCACUAAGACUUCCAAGGAUUUAUUGAAAGGUCAGGGUAUGGAGUAUAUACCUGGGGAGAACAGUGCCGCAGCUCUCAACAUUGAUCGCAUAAGGAGGGAGAGGAAAAAAGUUUUAAGCCAACAUUCGACAGAUGUCAGCGGAAGCUCGAGAGUACUCUUCAUUAUCGAGCAGUUUCCAAAGAUCAAAAAGAAGGUGGACGAAGAGACUAAAUGCGAAGACGAAUUUGUCAGGGAAGUAGAGGAACUUGUGGGUAAUUAUCAAAUGGCAGGACUGGAGUACAUCUUUACCCCUCAACGAAACAUGGCAUUCUUUGCGUCUCCUUUCCAGCUAAAGCAAUUAAGCUGCACGAAAGUGAUAUUUACAGACAUUACUUACACUGGCAGCAAAGAUUUCCCGUAUUUACUCAACAUGGUGGCUUUUAACGAAGACAGCUUACAGUACAAUGCUGUCGCGCGUGUCCUGUUGAACCGACAAGAUGGGGGUACCUAUGCAACGGCAAUCAAAGAGGUUUUUAAGAAAACAACUACAGAUCACCCUGACUUCAAAAUGGGAUCAGCUCUGGAGGAAAUCGUGGUUGAUUUCAGUGAUGCAGAAAGCAAUGGCUUUAGAGAUGCUAUCGGGGAAAGCCUGGCAGCGAAGCUUCUCAGAGGUUGCAAUGUAUGUACCAAGUAAAUCAUACUUACAAAUUAGUGUAUUACUCCUUUAAUUUCUGAAAACUGUCCAA